UCUGAUGCCUUGGCUUUGACGGGAGUUUCUGUCACAAAAAGGUGUGCGCAUCUGUGCUAGAUUCCAGUGAGUGACAGCUGAUUGCUUCCUUCUUCUCCCUGGCUAAGAUUAGGGUUUUAUAUUCACCUUUUCUCCAAUCCCUUCCUUGCAAUUCAAUCAACACCAAGCACCAGGGAGAUCGACCUGGCGCUUACGUCUUAAUCACUCAUUCUUCUAUCUUGAGAAUUUUUGCUAAUAUUGAUAAAGCAGAAUAUUUGACAAAAACGGAAUGGGAGAUGUGUGGGCAUGGCUGCUUUUUUUCUUCACGCUUAUUGCUUUGGUCGUCAUACUUGUUUACCAGCUCAUGUGCUUGGCAGAUCUAGAGUUUGAUUAUAUCAACCCUUAUGACUCUGCAUCUCGAAUAAACGGAGUGGUUAUACCAGAGUUCAUCACACAAGGGGUUCUGUGCUUUCUCUUCCUUGUGACAGGGCAUUGGGUUAUGUCACUUCUCAGUGUUCCGUAUCUGUACUACAAUGUGAGAUUGUAUAUGCGAAGACAGCACCUUGUAGAUGUGACCGAGAUAUUCAACUUGCUCAAUUGGGAAAAGAAGCAGCGCCUUUUCAAACUGGGCUACGUGAUACUUCUUCUCUUCAUGUCCUUGUUUUGGAUGAUUUAUAAUGCACUGGAAGACGAUGAGCAUUCACUGUAGAUCGAGUCAUUGGCCCGUCGAAUGCUGUAAUGUAUUGAAGAAUAGCAGCAUCAGCUGGCUUGUUCUAGCACAUUUUUCUCUUUGUAAUGAUUGUGAAACUUAUAUUUGUUACAGCAAAGAUCUUAAAUUAUUUGAAUGCUUUUGCAUUCACAGGGUUUCCCAUUUACAUUGAUCUUUGAGACCCAUUUUUUCUCCAUUACAAUUUCACAUACUUGAGUGCAAGUGUUCAUUGUUUUUG